GAUUGAGCUGGCGAAGCUUCGCAGAGAUGCAAACCUCAAGCAGAGUAUCGACGAUGUAGAUAAGAUCAUUGCACAGCUUGAGGCAGCUCGAGGGACUAUCGCAGCAGGUCUGUGGCCUACCUUCUGUCUCGAAAUGGCAGAGGUACAUCCUGUACAUUGUAGCUAACUCGCCCUAGAUCCCAAGUCUGCCUCCCUCACUCUUGCGAAAUUGCAGAAUCCCAUGAAACAAGGCUUCGACAAAGUCACUGAUGAUCUCAAGAAAGUCUACAAAGGACAGGCGGCAUAUGGCAAAGCACUAGACAAGCAUUUCCCAGUCAGGGCCCUGCCAACAGAGUACGAUGCUCUGGCUUCACAUCCAUCCCUGAUAAACAAAGCUAUUGCUAUGCAUUUCCUGCGAGAAGGGCAGUUCUCGGUAGCCACGACCUUCCUCGACGAAGCUCUGCAUAGUCCGCCACAUCCUUCACCCACUCCUGGGACACCAAACCCAGCUACGGAUGACUCCGGGAAUCUUUCAUCGGAGCAGUCACAAGCACUCCAAGAAAAGUUCUCGGACAUGUACAGGAUACUACGCGAACUGGGGCAACGGAAUCUACAUCCUGCCAUAGAAUGGGCUAGACUGAACAGUACUGAGCUGGAGAACCGCGGAUCAAAUCUCGAAUUUGAACUCAGCAAACUACAAUACCUAUGGCUAUUCCAAGGGCCCUCGGUGAAUGGUCUUCCAGACGACUAUAACAACGGUCUAAGUGGUGCAUUAACCUAUGCCAAAACCAACUUCCCUCGACACCAACAACGCUUCUCGAAAGAUUGCCAACAGUUGAUCACGGCAAUCUUAUAUCGAAGCAACCUCCACAACAGUCCAUACCAAAGACUAUUCAACACCGACGACGCCUGGGCAGAGGUAGCCCAAUCCUUCACCCGAGAAUUCUGCUCCCUCCUCGGCCUCUCCCCGUCCUCACCACUCUACAUCGCCUGCACAGCCGGUGCAAUCGCCCUGCCGACGCUCCUCAAACUAGCCUCGAUCGUCAAGGUAAAACGUACAGAAUGGACCACGCAGAACGAGUUACCGGUCGAAAUCGCCUUACCCAGAAGCAUGAUUUUCCACGCUAUCUUCGUGUGUCCCGUUAGCAAGGAACAGACCACUGAAACCAAUCCGCCAAUGAUGAUGCCUUGUGGGCAUGUUGUUGCUAAAGAGUCUCUGCAACGGCUCAGCAAGGGAGGGCGCUUUAAGUGUCCGUAUUGUCCGAGCGAGAGCUUGAUGAGGGAGGCGAGAGAGGUGGUUUUGUAGAUGUUGGUUCUGUUAUAUUAUUACGAGUACGAGGCAAAGUAUGUAAGAGAGAAUGCAAUGGGAACGGAGCAUGGAUUGAGAUUGAUACGAUAUUUAACUCGCACCUUUGCAGGGCGUGGGAAUUGGCAUGGCGUUCAUCGGUAUGGUCUGGUUUGGUCUGGUCUUGGAAAGCUGGCAUGGGAUGGGAAGGCGUAACGGUGGCUUUACAAUACAAUUCAGUACAUAGACCUCCUCAAUCGAUACUCUACUGAUCAAACCACCUUCAUCC